CAAACAGCAAUCUUAAUGACAGGUGGUUGAAAAGACCUGGUAGAAGUGGGCAGAGGCUGCUGGAAGCCACAGCAGAGGAACAGGCUUGAUGAAGAACGGUCAAGAUGCUACCCUACCAUGGAGCAGAAGGCAAGUCAGAGCAACAGGAAAGAAGCUGAAGCCUCCCGCGCCAUGACUAGUACUGGCAGAUUUGGAGUGCCACUUUUCAUGGCUCUACUUGUGGCUCCCUUCGGUUCCAGUUCAAAUUCAGUGCUUCCAGGGUUCUCCCGAAUUCUCCUUUCAAUCCCCGAAGUUUGAGAAGCCCAAAGGCAAAAAGGUGGAAAAAGGACCCGGAAGUAGGAGCAACCUCCAAGCACGUGAUGGAAGACCCACGGGUACUGUCACGUGAUCCCCACUCUGCUAGUCUACCUUGCGAAGAGCUCUGCUGCUCUUAAAGGUCCUUUGGGGGACCCGAACUCAAUGUCAUGGGAAGCUCUGAGAGCUCGUGGAGGCGCCUUGAGGAUUCUGAGAGGGAGGAGACCGACUCAGAGCCCCAAACCCCUCCGUUGGAUAAUCUGAGUGUCCUUUGGAAGAAUGCGGUGGGCUUCUGGAUCUUGGGGCUUUGCAACAACUUCUCAUAUGUGGUGAUGCUGAGCGCUGCCCAUGACAUCCUUAAGCAGGAGCAGGCAUCGGGAAACCAGAGCCAUGUGGAACCAGGCCCAACGCCCAUGCCCCAUAACAGCUCAUCUCGAUUUGAUUGCAAUUCAAUCUCCACAGCUGCGGUGCUCCUAGCAGACAUCCUUCCCACCCUUGUCAUCAAACUCCUGGCUCCUCUUGGCCUUCAUUUGCUGCCUUACAGCCCCCGGGUGCUUGUCAGUGGAGUCUGUUCUGCUGGAAGCUUUGUUCUGGUUGCCUUUUCUCAAUCAGUGGGGUUAAGCCUGUGUGGAGUGGUUUUGGCCAGCAUCUCAUCAGGUCUAGGGGAGGUCACCUUCCUUUCACUGACUGCCUUCUACCCCAGUGCUGUGAUCUCAUGGUGGUCUUCAGGAACUGGGGGUGCAGGGCUUCUUGGAUCGCUGUCAUACCUGGGGCUCACCCAGGCUGGCCUCUCCCCGCAGCACACCCUACUUUCUAUGUUGGGGAUCCCUGUUCUGAUGCUAGCCAGCUACUUCUUGCUGCUCACAUCUCCUGAACCCCUGGACCCUGGAGGGCAAGACGAGGCAGAGACUGCUGCCCGGCAGCCUCUCAUAGGCACCGAGACCCCAGCGUCCAGGCCAGGUACCAGCUGGAACCUCUCUCUCCAGGAAAGGUGGACAGUGUUCAAGGGCCUCUUGCGAUACAUCAUCCCUCUGGUGCUGGUCUACUUUGCAGAAUACUUUAUCAACCAGGGGCUUUUUGAGCUCCUGUUUUUCCGGAACACAUCCUUAAGUCAUGCUCAGCAGUACCGAUGGUACCAGAUGCUGUACCAGGCCGGUGUGUUUGCUUCCCGCUCUUCUCUCCAGUGUUGCCGAAUCCGGUUCACCUGGAUCCUAGCCCUGCUCCAGUGCCUCAACCUGGCCUUCCUGCUGGCAGAUGUAUGUUUGACCUUCCUGCCCAGCAUCUACCUCGUCUUCAUCGUCAUUCUGUAUGAAGGGCUUCUGGGCGGGGCCGCUUACGUGAAUACCUUCCACAACAUUGCCCUGGAGACCAGUGACAAGCACCGAGAGUUUGCCAUGGAAGCUGCCUGCAUUUCUGACACCUUGGGAAUCUCCCUGUCAGGGGUCCUGGCCUUGCCUCUGCAUGACUUCCUCUGCCACCUGCCCUGAUAUGAGUUGCUCAGCACACACUGGCCUAAAGGCACAGUGAGCUCUGCCACAGGCCUUCCCUGAGACUCAGGAGUGGGAAGAUCUACAGUCCUGCCCUACCUCAGCAGGGAGCCCCCAUUGUUUCCCACUCCCGAGCUGGCCUCAGAGAGUUUUUUUUUUCCCCCACCCCCUGCCCUUCUAAUAAAUGCUUAUUUUACCAGUUUA